UUCGGAUGACACUCUCAAGCGCUUCGAUUGCAUCAUCUCCUUUGCUAGCUCCAGUGUUGGCAAACCAUGGGCGGGCGGGCCAGAGAUGCGAGAAGUGUGCCAAGUCUUGCACACUGCAAAAGCCGAUUUUGACAAGAAGCCCAUGAUUAUGUUUGUUGGUGCCUUCAGUGCUGGCAAGUCGACGUUGAUCAACACUCUUCUUGGACAAAAACUUUGUGAUACGGGGAUCAAACCCACUACAAGUGACCUUCAUUUCUACAACUGGCAUGGCCAUCUCCUUGUGGACUCUACUGGUUUGGAUAAUUGGAACCAGCCUGAGCACAAGCAAAAGGCUUUGGAAGCAGCUAGGCGCUCAAACAGGGCAGUGGUGGUGAUCAGUGCACGUCAGCCAAUUGGAGAGCGCGAAAUCCCAAUUCUCAAACAGUUGGUUGAGUCACAGUCCAAGAUCACAAUGGCUAUCAACUAUUGGAACCAUGUGGAGACUGAGGAGGAGCGCAGUGAGUGCAUGACAUAUGUCCAAGAUUGCUUGGAGGAAAUCAUGCCUGGUCUUCCUGUGGAAGUGAUUCCCAUGGACGCAAGGAAUGGCAGUGAUCCCGGUGUCCAGAAGUUGAGUGAGUUCUUGCGUUCCACUGACGACAGCCACCAGAAGAAAGUCUCAGCCAAUGCUGCCAUGCGCAUUGCAGCGCAACGAAUACUUGACAUGUGCACAGCCUUCGAAACCAAGGAAACACAAGACCUGAACCUGAAAAUCCAAUGGCUUGAUCGUGACAUCCACUACCUUCAGAGGGCCGUGGAGAAUUCUAACGAAUUGCGACUCAGAGACAGUGAAGACCUUCGAACUGAGAUGCGGAAGUUGCAAGAUCUAAAGGAUCAGCUUCUAGAACUUGAGGGGACCACCAUUUGGGGCAACGCGAUCCAAUGUGCUGCUGCAGGUUUGCAGGUUAGUACCAUGGCAGCAGCUUCAGGGGCAGUCAUCGGUGCUGCUCAAGGCUUUUCUGACAAGAGAAAAAGUGGGAUACUCAGAGAGCAGAUCGAGGAGAAGACGAGGUACAUCCAGCAUCUUAGUCAUGUGACCUGGAAUGCACCAAUAACAACCGAGGGAAGGGAGCUUGAGAGCAAGGUCAAUGAAAGAAACAACGAGAUCGCUAUCUAUACAAAGAAGAUGGGAGAACUUGCAGCUGAUCGCGCCCAGAUCCAAGCAUUCCUAUGAAGGAAACAAAGGACAUAUGACAUGCAGAAUAGGAGCAAAGUUUGCCACCCUGGAUCUUGGGCUUUCAAGUAAUGUACAGACACCAGGGAUUGAUUUGAUGCGACGACUAGAUUAUCAAGCAGUUCACCAUGUGCUUGCGACACUGCAACUCGCCCUUCGUCGCUGGAAUGAGGAAAA